GCUCAACGGCUCCGACUGGAGCAGCACCUCUCAACCCAAUUCGCCGAGCUUCACCAAUGGCUCCUGGAGAAGGAGGCGGCCAUGAGAAGGUACAUCCGCCAUGAGGAAGAGCUCCUCCUUAGCGAACUAGAGACGAACCACCGCAACAGGCAAGAGCAAAUGCGGCUGGCUGAGGAACAAGUGGUGAAGAUCAAAGCUCGGCUGGAGGAGCAGCAAGACCCUGAGAUAUUCCUUAAGGUUGCUCCCUGUCUUAUAACCUUGGAUCCUGCCACCAACCACCCUAACCUUGUCCUCUCAAAGGAUCUUGACAGUGUAUAUCUGGAGGACAAUCCUGAGGAGGAAGUCCCUGAUGGGCCCGAGAGGUUCAGCAAGUCUGUGUGUGUGCUGGGUGCCCAAGAGUUUACCUCAGGACGUCAUUAUUGGGAAGUAGAAGUGGGGGAUAAAACCAGCUGGGACAUUGGUGUGGCCAAAGAGUCAGUCAACAGGAAGGAAGCCAAAGUGACGCUCAAGCCCAGCAAUGGAUUCUGGGCCAUCUGGCUGCGGAAUGGCAACGAAUACAAGGCUCUUGAUUCUCCUUCCAAGCAGCUGUCUCUCAAGGUCAAACCUCAGAAAGUGGGCGUGUAUCUAGAUUAUGAAGGGGGACAGGUCUCCUUCUAUGACGCCGACCUCAUGGACCACAUCUACACCUUUUCAGACAUCUUCACUGAGUGUCUCUAUCCCAUGUUCAGCCCGGGGGUCAACAAAGAUGGACUCAAUGGUGAACCCUUGCGCCUUCUACUACCUUGGACAUAGCAAGAACUGUACAUAGAGCUCAUUCUUGACUUUUUUUUCACUUGUAAGAAGUCCUAAGUGUGCCUAAGUUCUUUGUGUUCCUGCUGCAAUGACUAAAAUCAAAGUGUCAUUUGUGUCAUCUCAGAUUAAAACCUGGAGUGGAUCCACUGCCCCCAUGAACUGGAUGUUA